UCCCUACUUUAAUGCUAGCUAAGAUGGUGGUUAGAGCGUAAAUUGUCUCUACAAUACCAAGAGAAGAAAGGGGCAAAACAUCUUUAUAGCCUUUUAAUUACCACAGAACAACACACCUACGGUUAUCUUAUGUGACCGUCUGUGAAAAAAAUUAGAUAUUUCAGAUAUAUUGGCUCGCAGUCCCCGCCCAAUUUGGUGUGACUCCCUUGGAGUGGAAUCCUAAGCUAAAUACGGACAGGCCCUGUGCUCUGUGACCAGCUUCAACACUCACCCUCGCCGCGCCAUAGGAUGUCCCACAGCCCUGAAAUGAAGGACGACCCCAUGGAGUGCCCUCUGUGCAUGGAGCCGCUGGAGAUCGAUGAUGUCAACUUUUUCCCCUGCACCUGUGGCUAUCAGAUCUGCCGCUUCUGCUGGCACCGCAUCCGCACAGAUGAGAACGGCCUCUGCCCCGCCUGUAGAAAGCCGUACCCAGAGGACCCCGCUGUAUACAAGCCUCUGUCACAGGAGGAGAUCCAAAGGAUAAAGAACGAAAAAAAGCAGAAACAGAAUGAGAAGAAGCAGAAGGUGACAGAAAACCGCAAGCAUCUGGCCAGUGUCAGAGUGGUCCAGAGAAACCUGGUGUUUGUGGUGGGACUCUCACAGCGACUCGCUGACCCUGAGGUCCUGAAACGACCAGAGUAUUUUGGGAGGUUUGGAAAAAUCCAUAAAGUGGUCAUCAACAACAGCACAUCUUACGCCGGUUCACAGGGGCCUAGUGCCAGCGCCUAUGUGACUUACAUCCGCUCUGAGGAUGCUCUAAGAGCAAUACAGUGUGUGAACAAUGUGGUUGUUGAUGGCAGAACACUCAAGGCUUCUUUAGGCACAACAAAGUACUGCAGUUACUUCCUCAAAAGUAUGCAGUGUCCCAAACCAGAUUGUAUGUAUCUACAUGAGCUGGGGGAUGAAGCAGCUAGCUUUACUAAAGAGGAGAUGCAGGCAGGGAAACAUCAAGAGUAUGAGCAGAAACUCCUCCAAGACCUCUAUAAAAUUAACCCUAGCUUUCUACAACCUCCAGCAUGUGGAACAGAGAAGUCAAAGAGUAAAUCCAACUCCACACAGAGAACCAACAGUAGCAAUGGUAAAGAUGGGUGGCCGACGCUGUCAGGACAUAACAAACUAGCCAAUGGGCUUUCAGAGGACCGCAAGUCUCCUCCGUUGCUAGACUAUCUAGACCAAGAAGUUAUUACUUCAGAUGGGCUAGAAACAGAGCUGGGUCCUGGUCAACGUACCGCCCUGUCCCCCUUCUCUUCUAACUGUGACAGUAACAGUCCCAGUGACAAACCUCCAGAGUCAAUUGGAAUGGUGAAUGGCGAGACUUUACAACAGAUACCCACUAGUGACUCCCCCUCUCCUCCCCCUGGUUUAACCAAGCCCAGCCUGGUGGUGCCCAUCAGUGUGUCAGACCUCACAGCCCGUUCACCAUUCGAGGGUGCAGCAGCUGAGUCCCAGUCUCUCUUUUCAGACAACAGUAACUUCAGACAUCCUAAUCCUCUCCCCGCAGGCCUGCCCCCCUUUCCUAACUCCCCCCGCGGCAGUUCUGAUUGGCCCAUGACUCCCGAACCACAGAGCCUCUUCACAUCAGACACAAUACCAGUGUCUUCUUCCACAGACUGGCAGGCGGCCUUUGGCUUCGGCUCGUCCAGCAAACAGCAGGACGACGAUCUGGGCUUCGAUCCUUUCGACGUCACUCGCAAGGCCUUGGCUGACCUGAUAGAGAAGGAGCUGUCGGUGCAGGAUCAGAGCCCCUUAUCCCCAGGGCCCUUCUCCCAGGGGAGCAACCAUGGUCCCAGCCUACUGCCCCCCAACCCUAACCCCAGCGCCUCUCACCACUUCCCCAGUGGCCUUCCCCGCCUCCCGCAGCUCCACCACAGAGCCAUCUACAGCUCCUACAGUUUCCCCGGCAGUCAGAACAGCCAGGCCAGUCAGCAGCAGCCAGCCGCCAGACACCCCUGGAUGGGCGUCCCCACACGAAAUAACCUCACACACUUGAACCACUCAGCCAGUGCUGCCUCACACAGUAAUUUCCUGGACCUGAAUCUGCCCCCUCAGCACAACACAGGGCUGGGAGGCAUCCCCAUCUCAGAGAACAGUGGCUCUAUAGAGGGUUUAAAUGUGAAAGAAUGGCAAGACGGCCUGAGAGCUCUCCUGCCCAACAUCAAUAUCAAUUUCGGGGGCCUCCCAAACUCCUCAUCCUCCUCAUCCUCCUCAUCCUCCAACAGUGUUAACCACAUCGGUGGGCCAGCGGGGCCAGCAGGUAUAUCACACAGCCUGAGCUGGGACGGCACAGCCAGUUGGAUGGACCCUGCUAUCAUCACAGGCAUCCCGGCCUCAACAGGAAACAGUUUAGACUGUCUCCAGGACGACAAUCCCCCACACUGGCUCAAGUCCCUGCAGGCGCUCACAGAGAUGGACGGACCGGCCGGCUCAGCCGUGCCCACUCCCCAGCCCCUCCACACCAGCCUCCUUGACGCCCACCUCCCCCUCCACCACAGAGCCGCCGGCGGCUGGGCUCCCUACCUGCCCCCUCCCACAGCCAACCCCGCCAGCCAGUUCCACUCCCCUCCACCCGGCUUCCAGAGCGCCUUCAGAAAUCCGGGACAGCCCACCACAGAGCUGCUACAGAGUGCCGCUGUGGAUCGCCACUGAACACAGACUGCAGCAGACACCCAUCCAUUCCCCCUCUACCACUUUAUACCCACUCAUCCUGUACCCUGCCCCCCCUCCCCCAAUGCAAUACACACCAAUCUGCAGAGUAUGAAAAAUUAUUAACAAAGUAACAAACAUGCUUUCUUCUUUUUCUCUUCCUCCUUCCUUUUUGUCCAAAGGCCUUUCUGUUUUUGUUUGUGGUACACAAGUUAUCAGUACCCUCUCUCUGCAACCAUCACCACUCCUUACAUUCUGGGCAAAACAUGGGAUUCAUUGUGUAGCUCACUGUUAACGGAGAGCAGAAGAAAUGGUAUAGCAUCGAGCGCCCAGUGGUGACAUAAGAGUUUAACUCUACAAACUGGCAAAGAAACAAAUUAGCUGAAGUGAGGUCUUUUUAAAAAGUAACUAAUGAUUAAGCAUGAACAACAUUUGUGUUUUUUGAAAGUUGAAGUCACGGUUAGUUUUCGAGGAAUGAAGAAAGCUGUGAAUCUGCUCUUGAAGCUUUGCCCCAAAGACCCUCAUCCUCCCCACUUUAACAGGAGACUGUGAAACGGUUAACCCUUACAGCUAAGUUGUGAAUAAGGUGCAAUGAGACAGGAAAAAGGGAGUUGGUACUUAGCUUUUUGUUUUUUUUUUAUUUAGUGGUUUUUUUUUUGUUUUUUUGUUUUUUUUAAAGAAAUGUUUAAAAAAAAAAAGAAGCUGAGAUUUGGUUUGUAGAGCGUGAAUGGAGAUGACACAGGGGAGUUGAGGGCACAGGCUAUGCAUGGGCUCCCUGUUAGGUAGGGACACUUGGCCCACAUCCCGUUUUUAGUGGAGGGCCCUCACUGGCCCUGUCCUGCUGGAGGGAAAAUUUUGCUGAACCUCUGUAUCAGAGGAUAGAGCACUGCCUAACCGCGGGGAGCCAGGGCUUUGGGAGAUCGUGGCACACAUCCUGAGCACUAGGGUUAGACUCUUACUCACAGUGCCACUGUGUGGUACCUUCAGUAGCUAGCCCUAACAUGGACAGCCACCAAGUAGGAUGCAACAGAUGAGUAGAUGGAUGAGGAAAUGUCAACAGUACUAAUGAGGGUAGCACUAGGGUUAACAGGUCCCUUUGUGCGACCCACGGGGGCUUAAAUGAGGCCUUAAAAUGGGCAGCUGAGAUAAAGAUGCUCAAGUGACUGGAAAGACAAGUAUAGAUGCAAUGAUUGCUGAAAAAUAUGCAAUAUUGUAUGUGACUUCAGCAACUGUAUGUGAGUGUGUGUCACAAUGGAAGGCACUGCAAGACAAACCGAGUGCUGUUGUAGUGAUUGUAGUAGUGAGCUCUCAGCCUUUUAGGAUUUGAGAUCGACCUCUCUGACCACCGCCUUUUUUUUUUUUUUUUUCUUUUUGAAGUCUUAAUUCUGAUCUGUGUUUGCGCUCUCUCUUUCACCCCUCUCUUACCACCCACCCCACCCCACCCCCCUUCCUCUUGCUGUUCCCUAUUUAACAGUAUUCACAAAAAUGAACAAACUCAUCCAGGAGAAACCAACACAGAGUCAUACAGUGAGUUUUAACAUGAUGUUGCGAGAAAAAAACAAAACAAAAUUGAGGCGCUUAAAGGAAGUGAACUGUCCUCUGCAGGUCUGGAAAAAUGAACCUUAAAUAAAACUGAAAACUCA